AUGGCAACAUCAGUCGAGAAGGCAGAGGCCUCUACAGACCAUGAGCAAGAUCUCAGUUCCAUCCUCUCAACAGAAGAACGAGUCGAAUUGACAUUGUUGCUGGCCAACAUUACCGAGCUCAUGCGGAAGCAAAUCAUGGACACCUUUGACGCGUCUGUCACGACUGUUAAACCACCCCAACAAACUCUGAAAAUCACUGAUAAAAAUCCCAAUGUCGACGAGUCGAAGGAGAGAGACGAGACCGAAGAGGACGAGAAUGCAAGAAAGCUGCAAGAGGAGAGAGAGAAAGAGUUGUCGGCUCCCAAGAUGCUGGAGUUGAAGGAAGCUUCACUGAAGUUCUUUGAUGCUUGGAGGGACUCGGUGAUACUUAGGGUUGGCACUGCAGUUAACAACUCGAAAGAGGUCGUUGAAGAGCAGAGGGAUAAAGCUACUGUCGAGGCAACACCUGAAGCAAUAUCCAAGGAUGGACCUGCUGCAGAACCAAAGGCUAUUGGCAAGAACACCAACAUUGAAGAAGCAGACGCAGCCCUAGUGGAAUUCUACCCACCGACCUCAACCUCUCUCUACUCCCUCCCGAGAGACAAGCGUAUCCUCCUUCUCAAUGCUAUGCUGCUUCUCCUCCUCUCCCUGGAGCACUACGUGGCUCCUUCUAGAGUCGUCCUCUUACAUGUCUCCUCAUCUCUCCACCUCCCGCUUCAUAUACUCGCCGAGCACGAAGUAAAAGUAGCGCAGGGCCUACUAGAGGCAGCAAAACACAUGUCGGGCACCGACGAGACCCAGAAACGCAGCGACGAGAAUAAAGUCGCUCGCAGAUGGAAAGUCGGACUCGCUGGCGUCGCAGGUGCAGCCGUCAUCGGCAUCACAGGCGGACUCGCCGCUCCCCUUGUCGCAGGAGCCUUGGGCACCGUAUUUACCGGACUAGGCCUCGGUGCCACUGCAACAGCAGGCCUUUUGGGAACCUUAGCCCAAAGCGGAGUAAUAGUAGGAAGCCUCUUCGGGGCCUAUGGCGGCAGGAUGACCGGCAAGAUGAUGGACUCUUACGCGCGAGAAGUGCAAGACUUUGCCUUCCUCCCGCUCAAAGGCAGCAAGCACCACGAACCCAAGCAGGAAGACCGCCGGCUGCGCGUCACUAUAGGUAUCAGCGGGUGGAUCACCCAGCGCGAAGACAUCAUUACCCCCUGGCGAGCUCUCGGGCGCGAAAGCGAGAUCUUCGCCCUCAGAUGGGAGCUCGACGCCUUAUCUAAACUCGGCACCUCUUUGGAAACCGUCGUGAAGAGCGCCGCGUGGUCCAUAGCCAAGAAAGAGAUCAUCUCGCGCACCAUCUUCGCCUCGCUUAUGACCGCUCUGUGGCCCAUCGGUCUCCUACAGAUUUCUAAGAUUGUCGACAACCCCUUCUCCGUCGCCAAAAACCGCGCUGAUAAAGCUGGCUUGGUGCUGGCAGACGCCAUCAUUAACAAGGCGCAGGGGGAGCGCCCGGUCACGUUCAUUGGGUACAGCGUCGGAGCCCGGCUUAUAUACUCCUGCUUGAUGAGUCUGGCAGAGCGUAGAGCCUUCGGCCUCGUCGAAUCAGUAGUCUUGAUUGGGACGCCUGCCCCGUCAGAUGCGGCUGUCUGGCGAGCCAUGCGCAGCGUCGUGGCUGGGCGCUUGGUUAACGUAUACUCGGAGAACGACUACAUUCUCGCCUUCUUGUACCGCACCAGCAGCAUCCAGUACGGCGUUGCCGGGCUGCAGGCUGUCCAGGACGUGCCGGGCGUGGAGAGUGUGGAUGUCAGCGCGAUGGUGAGCGGGCACUUACGGUACCAGUAUCUGAUUGGUGCUAUAUUGGAGAGAAUUGGGUGGGAAGAUGUAGAUAAGGAAGAGGUGGCAAGGGAGGAGGAAACGCUUGCGCUUCUUGAGGAGGAGGAGAGGAAAGAGGAGCAGAGGAAGGAGGUAGAGGGGGUGGAUGUUGAGGGGGAGAAGGAGAGGAUGCAGAAGGAUGUUGAUAAGAAGGUCUGA